AUCUCCUAUUGCAAUUCAUAUUGAAACGUUUAAAAAGACAAUCGAUAUAAUAGGUGGAUAAAUAAUGGCCAUAACUAAUUUCAAAGGAAUAAUUAAGAACAGAAUUCCCAUUUUGAAAUGGUUGCCACAGUACAAACUGAAGGAUGGAUUGGGCGAUCUUGUUGCGGGUUUCACCGUCGGAUUGACCUUGAUACCUCAAGCGAUAGCUUAUGCAGGCUUAGCGGGCUUGAAGCCGCAAUACGGGCUUUAUAGCGCGUUCGCGGGGAGUUUCGUCUAUAUCUUUUUCGGUACAUGUCGAGAAGUCAACGUUGGCCCGACAGCACUGAUAUCUUUACUGACUUGGACAUAUGCGAGUGGAAUUCCCGAGUACGCGGCCUUGCUUUGCUUUUUGUCGGGAUGCAUCACGAUACUGUUCGGCAUUUUACACUUGGGGUUUUUAAUAGAGUUUAUAUCGAUACCGGUGGUGUCCGGGUUUACGUCAGCUGCGAGCGUCAUCAUCGCUUGCAGUCAAAUAAAAAAUUUGUUAGGCCUGAAUAUUCACGGCGAAAGCUUCAUCGAGAUCUGGGUAGAGUUGGCACAUCACAUCGCCGACACGAAGAUACCGGAUUUAAUUUUAUCAUGCUGCUGCCUCCUAUUUUUAUUUAUCCUGAGGUAUUUGAAGGAUAAAAAGGUAACUAAUACUACGUUGAAGAGAUUCCUCUGGACAGUCGGUACGACUAGGAACGCUCUCGUGGUUGUUCUCUGUGCAGUUGCAUCUUAUAUCUUCGAAACGCACGGCGAGGCACCGUACGUUCUCACGGGUCACAUCGAUGCCGGUUUUCCGACUGUCGAGCUACCUCCGUUUUCGAGGACAGUCGGCAACCAGACUGAGAGUUUCAUUGAUAUGACGAAGAAUUUUAAAUUUGGCAUCUUGGUUGUACCGCUCAUCUCUAUUAUCGGAAACGUCGCCAUCGCAAAAGCUUUUUCACGAGGCAUGCCUGUAGAUGCCAUGCAGGAAAUGCUAACUCUCGGACUGUGCAAUGUAGUCGCAUCGUUCUUUCAAUCGAUGCCUAUCACAGGAUCUUUCUCGAGAAGCGCAGUGAACAACGCUUCUGGGGUCAGAACUCCUUUAGGAGGCAUUUACACUGGUAUUCUAGUCAUACUUGCGCUAAGUUUACUGACACCGUAUUUUUAUUACAUCCCGAGGGCGACACUGAGCACUGUCAUAAUUAGUGCAGUAAUAUUUAUGAUAGAAAUUGGUAUAAUCCUUCCCAUCUGGAGGUGCAAUAAACGUGAUUUAAUGCCGGCGUUUGUCACGUUCCUUGCUUGUUUAUUCGUUGGAGUCGAAAUUGGAAUUUUGAUAGGUACGAUAUUUGAUCUGGCUAUUUUGAUAUAUCUCAAUGCGCGGCCGACAAUAAAUGUCGAACACAGAAAGAUCUCGGCAAUAGAUUACUUGUUAGUCCGCCCUACUGCUGGAAUUUUGUUCCCUGCGGUAGAUUACCUAAAAAUGUAUUUAACGAAAAAUUUCGGUGUGAAUGUCGUAUUGGAUUGUGAACAUAUUGACAAAAUAGACUUCACUGCCGCACAGGGCAUCAGUAUGACGAUAAAGGAUUUUAGGAAGAAUAACUGCUACUUAAUAAUGUUGCGACCGAAACCUAAUAUUUUAGCGAAAAUUCAGUCGCUAUCUGACAAGCAAAUUUUAAUAGCGAGAGACGAAAUGGAUCUAAUUGCAAUUUUAGGAGAAUCCAAAAGUGCAACACAGAAUGAUAUAAUCGUUCCUAAAACGGAAGAACGGGCUUCCACAUGGCUGUGAUAUACAUUUUCAGUAUUUUUUUAUAUACAUACACGAUACGUAUAGAAUUAUUUUAUAUUACUCGUGUGCGCGCGUAUGCGUGCAGUAUUCGAUUAAACACCUCAUACUUUUUGUAUGUUUCGCUUUUUAAUCAAUAUGCCAAUAUUAAUAUGUAAAUAUUAUUAUUAACGCUUGGAAACAUUUACUUUCAUAUUCUUUAUAUUAAUAAACUUUGAAUUUAUAAUUGAUUGUACAAAGAAUCUAUAUAUGCUUUAAAAAUUAGUGAUUUUUAAGGGAUUAAUAAAUAAUGUGAUAUAAAUUAUCAGAUAUAAAAAUAUUAAAAUGUAUUUAUUUUAUAAAAUUAGUCCAAAAAAAUAAACUAUACCUUCUUUAUUAA